AUGUCAACAAAUUUACAACAACAACCACAUAGAAUUCCAGAUAAAAUUCCACAUUUUGCAAAAUAUACACAAGAUGUAGGUUUAGCUGAUCCAUCAAGUGAAAUUAAUUUUUCAUUAGUUUUAAAAAUUAGAAAUGCAGAUUGGAUAGAACAUCAAUUAAAAGAUGUAUCAGACCCAAAGAGCAAAAACUAUGGUAAACAUUUAGGUCAAGACGAAAUCGAAAGUAUGACUAGACCAACCCAACAACAUUUUGAUAAGGUCACCAAUUUCCUUCAAUCACAAGGUAUUCAAUCAACUAGAGAUGGUGAUAAUUUAAAAGUAAAAACUACAGUUGAUAAAGUUCAAAAACUUUUCAGUACCCAAAUUCAUAAAUUUGCCCAACCAUCUGGUAAUAAAGAUGACACAAUCUUCAAAGGAGAAGGAGGUUUUAAAAUUCCAACAGAUAUUUCUGAUUGCGGAGAUUUAGUUGGCUAUGUCCCAGCACAAACAAGAAAAAUAUGA